AUGAACACAACUCCCUUGGCUAUCAUCUCAAUUCACCUUCCGGGGAUCACAGACUCACCAUCCAUUCUCACCUACCACCAUUUAGCCCCUUAUCUUCAUGGCAAUCUGGUACUCAUAAAUUUGAUGUUCAACUUUAACAAGCCAAGAAAGCAUUUCAACUCCCAGUUGGAAAACAUGCUUCAAGAGUGGACUCAGUUCUUGGUUGUUAUUACAACCCACUCUGUUCCAGAAUCAGGGGACCUGCACACAGCCCCAAACAAUACAAGUGCAGCACCUGUUGAUCAGCUGUGGGUGGUUCUUUUUCCAGAGCAUUUUUGUAAUCUGCUGAAAAGGGAGAAAAGCAAAAAUAUUCUGAAUUUGGUGUCUUUUGGGGCCCUAUCAAGUCAGCCUGACUCCAGGGAUGCUGUAAAAGGCAUAGCUGCUCAAGACCUCUUCGACAAAAUUCUCUGUUUUUUGCAACCUAACUUCCAGCCAUCAUCCACCCAUAAAUUUGUGAUGGACUUGGCUCUGCAGAACUAUGUUCAUGAUUGGAUUGGGCUAAUCAAUGUCCUUCGAGAGCAACAAGCCCUUGGGGCUCAUACCCACAUUGUUUUAUUCCAACCAAACACCAUUACCACAUUUCGAUGGAACCACCCAGGUGCUUGCCCAAUGGGCAACAAUACUCCAGCUCCAAUCUGUGCCCAGAAUGCAGGGGCCUCAAAACUACAUCUCCCAAGUUUACGAGACAGCAAUCAAGCAUUCUAA